CCCAUUGGCCAGCGUAGGCCACGCCCACGCUAGGUAAAAGCGCGUGUUUCAUUGGCCCUCGCUUGGGGGCGGGGCUGGAGAGCGGCGCGCUUCACCCUAGAGUCCGUUCAGGCUGCUGCAGCAGAGGUUGGGGAAGGGGACGAGGCGCAGGCCAUGUGGCCCACCGUGCGUUACCUAGGCGCUGUCUGCGGACAGGCCCGACGCAGCGUUGCUGGGGGCUUCCUUCGCGCCAGCCGGCCGGGGUCCGGGGUGCCCGAGCUACUGUGCGGGGGUGGCCGCAGCUCCAGCACCAGCUCAUUUGAUAUAGUCAUCGUUGGAGGUGGGAUUGUGGGGCUUGCCUCUGCCAGAACACUCAUCCUGAAACAUCCUGAACUUUCGAUUGGCCUGGUGGAAAAGGAGAAGGAUUUAGCUGUUCACCAGACUGGACACAACAGUGGCGUCAUACAUAGUGGCAUCUACUAUAAACCGGAUUCUCUAAAAGCUAAGUUGUGUGUAGAAGGCGCAGCCCUGAUCUACGAGUAUUGUGACCUCAAGGGGAUUCCCUACAGGCAAUGCGGCAAGCUAAUAGUAGCUGUUGAACAAGAAGAAAUUCCCAGACUUCAGGCCCUGUACGAGCGAGGCCUACAGAAUGGAGUCCAAGGCUUGAGGCUGAUCCAGCAGGAGGACAUAAAGAAGAAGGAGCCGUACUGCAGGGGUCUGAUGGCCAUUGAUUGUCCAUACACUGGCAUUGUGAACUACCAACAGGUGGCUUUGUCAUUUGCCCAGGAUUUCCAAGAAGCAGGUGGCUCUAUCUUGAAAGAUUUUGAGGUAAAAGAUAUUGAAAUAGCUAAAGAAAAUCCUUCAAGAAGUAAGGAUGGGAUGAAAUAUCCGAUUGCUGUCAAGAAUAGUAAGGGAAAGGAAAUUCGGUGUCGAUAUGUUGUGACAUGUGCCGGUCUUUACUCAGACCGUAUUUCGGAGUUGAGUGGCUGCAAUCCUGACCCUCAAAUUGUCCCAUUCCGGGGAGAUUACCUGGUCUUAAAGCCAGAAAAGGGUUACCUUGUAAAAGGAAAUAUUUAUCCGGUCCCGGACAGCCGGUUUCCUUUCCUAGGAGUUCACUUUACACCCAGGUUGGAUGGCUCUAUUUGGCUAGGUCCUAAUGCAGUGCUUGCCUUUAAACGGGAAGGUUACAGACCCUUUGACUUCGAUGCCAGAGAUGUCAUGGAAGUAAUUCUCAAAAGCGGUUUCAUUAAACUGGUGCUUCAGAAUUUCUCUUACGGAGCUAAUGAAAUAUAUAAAGCCUGUUUUCUCAGUGAAACAGUGAAGCAUCUUCAAAAAUUCAUUCCUGAAAUUACCAUCAGCGACGUCCUUCGAGGUCCUGCGGGGGUACGAGCCCAGGCCCUGGACAGAGACGGAAAUCUGGUAGAAGACUUUGUGUUUGAUGGAGGAACUGGCAAGAUUGGAGAUCGCGUUCUUCAUGUGAGAAAUGCACCUUCGCCUGCUGCCACUUCCUCCCUGGCAAUUUCUAGAAUGAUAGCAGAGGAAGUACAACAAAGGUUUAAGUUAUGAGCGACAGAGGGUGCUGUGCUUGCUCUACAGUCCCUACGCCAGCAGCAAGGGUCUACCGGGCGUGUUCUAAAAUUAUAAUUUAAGAAAACAAUUUUAAAACCAUGCCUUUAAGGCUAUAAACAAUGACCUAUUAACAGGAUAUAGUAGAUAAUAGUAAUUUUUAAAAAAAUUUCAGGUCCAUAUUCUUGUGAACAAAGAAAUGUAGUGUAUCACUACCUGUUUUGAAACUUCAAGUUUAUUAGAGACUUACACCAACCCACCUCAGUCUUUGGGAUGUUUGGAAGGACAACAUAAAAGAUGGAGUGUCCUAAAUAAAUGUUUGGAUUUGUAA